AUGCCGCAGCCGCCCUUGCACACAGGUUCUUCUCUUCCUUCGGACGCCGCAGCCGCGCCUGCGCCCGCACACACAGGUUCUCCCUCUUCCUUCCUUCUUCCUCCCAUUUCUUUCCUUUCUCCUCCUUUCCUCCUUUCCGCCUUUUUUCUUCUUCUUCUUCUUCUUCUGUUGUGCGCCUGCUUGCCCCUGCCAUUUCGUGGGGAAUCUUAUCUUAAUGUCAUACAGAGGUUGGAGCCUGUAAUUAUCGAGCUUGAACGACAACGCGGUCUAGUUGUGGUGGUAUCACACCAGGUUUUUUCUGCUUUUGGAUUUGUUCAAAAAAUAACCACUUUUGAGAAGAUAGCUGAUUUCCAAGUGGGGCUCUGGUGCAAUUUCCUGAUUCAGAGACUACCUUUUCUGCGAAGGAUGCUCUUGAUGGAAGAAGCAUUUCAAGGUAUGUAAUUCAAGAGCUGGGGCCAUGCUCGCUUAGGAUCACAUAUUCUGCACAUACGGGCUUGAGUGUUAAAUUCCAAAGUCAUCGUAGAUUAUACCAACCCGCUCCUUCCUGUUGCUCCUUCGGCUAUGGAUGCUAAUGGCCAGGUCAGUUUUGGAGCACCAUCCAUUCAUAGGUCCGAACCCGAUUCAGAUGGUGGUAGUGCUCCGAUAUCAUGAUAUUUUAUCAUUACAAGUGUUUUAGUUACGACCUUAGUUCUUUUGGUAUGAUAUUAUGGUAACUUGAAUUAGAUUUAUACAUUUUUCUAA